CUACUCGAGACUUUAGCGGGACGACGCGCACUCGGAGACGUCGGCUUAAUCGCCCCCCUCCCUUUUUUCCCCUUUCAAUUGUUUCUGGCGGAGGAGCUGUUUGAAUGCUACAAGCUGCUGCGGCGGCGUUUUCUUCUCUCCUGCCCCCGUCACAGCCGAAGCGCGGGCGGGCGCGCGGCUCUCCUCUGCCCCGAAGCCAGCGAGCGCCCGAGAGGGCUUCCCGCAGCCGGCGUGCGAAGAGGCGCACUUUGAAACCUAGAGAAUGGCUGGACUUCCCUGGGAGGGCAAGCGGGGUGGAUUUAAAGUCCUAGUGGCGACGCUUUCCGUGGCUUUGGUUUACUCCUAUAACAUCGAUCUGGAUCAUCCCGUGAUUUAUCAAGGACCCAAUAACUCUUUCUUCGGGUACUCGGUGCUGGAGCAUUACUACGACAAUACCCGAUGGGUCUUGGUUGGUGCCCCAAAGGCAGAUUCUAAGUACAGUGCUUCUGUUAAGUCCCCAGGAGCUGUAUUCAAAUGUCGGGUUCACACUAACCCUGAUAGGAGGUGCACAGAGCUGGAUAUGGGUCGAGCUAAUGUUCGAGGAACAUUGUGUGGAAAGACAUGUAAAGAAGACAGAGAUGAUGAAUGGAUGGGAGUCAGUCUGGCAAGACAGCCUACAGUUGGAGGAAGUAUACUGGCUUGUGCACAUCGUUGGAAAAAUGUCUACUAUGAAACUGAGUACAUCCUUCCUCAUGGCUUUUGCAACAUCAUCCCUCCCAACCUUGGGUCAAAUGGUAAAAAGUUAAUGCCUUGCUAUGAAGAAUAUAAGAAGAAAUACGGUGAAGAGCAUGGUUCAUGCCAGGCUGGAAUAGCAGGUUUCUUCACAGAGGAGUUGGUUAUCAUGGGGGCUCCUGGGUCUUACUAUUGGACAGGAACUAUCAAAGUAUUGAAUCUCACUGAUAAUACCUACUUCAAACUGAAAGAUGAAUCUGCGAUAGCCAAGCGCUACAUAUAUCUAGGAUAUGCAGUGGUAGCAGGUCACUUCUCUCAGCUGAUGACCACGGACGUCGUUGGAGGAGCUCCCCAGGAUGGCGGCGUUGGAAAGGUGUACAUAUUCCGCACAGAUAGGAAUUCUGGCUCUCUGGUAAAAAUCUUUCAGGCUUCUGGUAAAAAGAUGGGCUCUUACUUUGGCUCCUCCUUAUGUGCAGUUGAUCUGAAUUCUGAUGGACUUUCAGACCUCCUGGUGGGAGCGCCCAUGUUCUCUGAGAUCCGGGAUGAAGGUCAAGUCACUGUCUACCUCAGCAGAGGAAAUGGAGUUCUGGAAGAGCAGCUUGUCCUGAAUGGCGAUAAAGCCUACAAUGCACACUUUGGGGAAAGCAUGGCAUCCCUUGGGGAUAUCGAUGAUGAUGGAUUUCCAGAUGUUGCCAUUGGUGCUCCUAAAGAAGACAACUAUGCAGGAGCAGUGUAUAUCUAUCAUGGAUACAUUGGGGGCAUCAUUCCUCGAUAUUCCAUGAGGAUAUCUGGAAGACAUUUAAGUCCAAGGCUGCAGAUGUUUGGCCAGUCCAUUUCUGGAGGAGUUGAUAUGGAUGGAAAUGGUUACCCAGAUGUGACAGUUGGCGCCUUUAUGUCAAACAAUGUAGUUCUUCUAAGAUCACGGCCUGUUAUUACCUUGGACAUCUCAAUUUUCCUGCCAGCAUCCAUUGACAUCACAGCUCCUCAGUGUCAUAAUGGCUUGCAACAAGUGAAUUGUCUAAAUGUCACUGCCUGCUUUAGGUUCAAAGGCAAACAUGUUCCAGGACUGAUAGAUUUGAAUUAUAAUUUGACAGCAGAUGUGGCAAAGAAAGAAAAAGGUUAUCCAGUAAGGAUUUACUUCGUCUCUUCUGGAGAAGCCACGGGCCAGAUCACAGAACAAUUGCAGCUGUCCUAUAUGCAGAAGAAAUGCACAAACUACCUAGCCUUCGUAAAGAGAAGAGUCAAAGAUGUAAUAUCGCCAAUUGUGUUUGAUGCUACAUAUAGCCUUGGGGAACAUAUUGUGAAAAAGGAGGAAAAAGAAUUACCUGCGCUCAAGCCUGUACUCCGAUGGAAAAAAGGACAGAAGAUGUCUCAGAGAAACCAGACUAUUUUUGAAAGAAAUUGUCAGUCAGAUGACUGUGCUGCUGACUUGAAACUUCAGGGUAAACUCUUCCUAUCCAGUGCUGAUGACAGGGCUCCUUAUCUGGCUCUGGGGGCAGUGAAGAACAUCUCGCUGAACAUCACCAUCUCUAACGUUGGGGACGAUGCUUAUGACACAAACAUCGCUUUCAACUUUUCCAAAGAGCUCUUCUUUAUCAAAAUGUGGCAAAAGGAUGAGAUGGGUACUGCUUGUGAGUUGCUAGAACCAGACUCAGACUUCCUUAAGUGCAGCGUGGGCUUUCCCUUCAUGAGAUCAAAAUCCAAGUAUGAAUUCAGUGUUAUCUUUGACACUAGCCAUUUGUCUGGGGAAGAGGAAAUUCUUUCAUUCCUUGUAUCUGCUCAGAGUGGGAACUUGGAACACAAUCUUCAGGACAAUUCUCUCAUUUUGACAGUUCCCCUGAUGCAUGAAGUGGACUCAUCCAUCACUGGAACGGUGUCCCCCAGUUCUUUUAUUUAUGGCGAGUCAGUGGCAGCAUCUCAGUUUACCCAGCUGGAAGAUUUUGAGUGUAAUUUUCAGGACUUAAAUUUUACUCUUCAGGUCUACAAUGCUGGGCCAAGUACACUUCCUGGAUCUUUUGUUGACAUUUCAGUUCCUAACCGUCUCUCAGCUACUGGAGCUGAUAUGUUCCAUAUUCAACAGAUGAUGGUUGCCCAGGACAAAGGGAACUGCUCUUUUCAGAAUAACCCAACACCAUGUGUCAUUCCUCAGGAAAAGGAGAAUAUUUUUCACACAAUAUUUGCCUUUUUUACCAAGUCUGGGAGGAAAGUAUUGGACUGUGAAAGACCAGGCAGGUCCUGUUUAAUUAUACGGUGUAACUUAAGCUCGCUAGCAAAAGCUGAAUCCCGCAGCAUAGAUGUGCAGAUGCUUUUGAAUACAGAGAUAUUAAAGAAGGAUACCUCAUCAGUUAUUCAGUUUGUAACACGGGCAAAGGUGAGAGUGGACACAAGCAACCGGGCGAUCGAAGUGCCCAAUGGGAAUUCCGAACACGCAACAGUGGUCUUUGAGGCCUUGCACAAUCUGGAGCCUCGUGGUUAUGUGGUCGGAUGGAUCAUUGCUAUCAGUUUACUGGUGGGAAUUCUCAUCUUCCUGUUACUGGCUGUGCUGCUAUGGAAGAUGGGCUUCUUUCGCAGAAAAUACAAAGAAAUCAUUGAGGCUGAGAAGAAUAGACAAGAGAAUGAAGACAGUUGGGACUGGGUCCAGAAAAGCCAAUGAACUAGACUGGGGGUAAGGAAACAUUGAAAUCCUGGCCAUGUGGUACACAAUUGCUCCCUAUUGGUCCUGCUCUUGUAUCUUCCAUAUGUGGAAGAAGGAAUCUUCUCCAGAUUUUUCGGAGGCCCCGUUGACACGGUUGUUCUUCAUCACCUUAUAGUAGGGGACAUAUCUUGAGGCAACCACUGCAGACCUGUCGGGUGACUGAAGCAAUUUAUACAUCCUGGAAGAAAUGAACUUGGAUUACUGAGCUGCAGUGCAGAACAAUAUUUAUGAAUCCAGCAUAUAUGCGGUAUACCCUCAGGGGAAGACUCUUGCCGAAAAAAAUAUUUUUCAUAAAUAUAAGCUUUUAUACUGAUUAUGUGUUUAUAUAUAUAUAUUUGUAUCAAUGUUGUAUGUUUUCUUUUGAGAUAGAUUCGCAAUAGCUGCUGCAGUCCUAUAUUCACAUUUGCUUGGAAGCUACGUUCCAAUAAAUUCAAUAGGGCUUACUUCUAAGUAGGCGUAUUAGAGAAUGCACUGUUAGAUUGUAAUCCUUUGCACACUUACCAGGGAAUAAACCCAAUUAAGUUGGGUUGGGUAUAGUGGGGCUUCCUUCUGAGUAAGUUCACAAAGGAUUGUCCUGUAAAGCACUGAUAUCCAGCUGAAAUUUUGGUCAUGCAUAUGUGUUUGUAUCUGUUAUACUGUACUUUUGAAUGUCAAUGCAGAAGAAAAGCAGAUUAAAUGAAUGGAAAGAUUUCACGUAACAGAAUCUACCAGUUCUGAUAAUGAUUUACAUAGAGCCCAAAUCCUUUCAUUUAAAAAAAAAAAGAAUCCAAAGUUAAAUGUUUGAGCUGCUCACAUGAAACGUUAAGAAAUCUGUUAUUCAGGGACCAAGCAUGACUCACAUUUCAAAAAGAAACAAUUCUUUUUUACCUUUUCCUCCCUUUGUUACACUGUUCAGUUGCGUAGCCCUCUGUAGAAGAAAGCAGUGUCAUAUAUAUUCUUUAUUUUUUAAAAAAAAGAGUAGUAAUUUACAAUUUCUACAGCUAUCCCUCGGCAGUGGUUUGAUGCUUUCAAUGUGAAGUUCCAUUUGUUUACACUUAAAGCAGAGGUUCGUGUUGUGUGAACCUCAAACUGCUUGGCAAACCACCAAUGGAAUUCAGUGGCCUGCCAGGGGCUUGCUGUCCUGCACCUAUUUUUGCAGUCUCAGGCAGAUAGCAAAGAUAGGCGGCACAGUGACGUUUUGAACUGGGUUUUAGUGGAUGGCACACUGGGCUGUCUUGAGGGGCAAAAUUAAUGACUGCCUUUGAUCAUCAUUCAUUUUUGAAGCAUCCCCUGUCGGGGGGGAAAAAACGAUAAAGUGAAGAUGGAAGAUUUGGGAGACCCUGUUUGUUAAAACAAAUACAAUCGUUGGCACUAUAUACUGACACAGAAAAUGAUGUCCUGGAAAAUAAAGGCUGUGUGCUGUUCUUUUAAAGUUCAUAUUCCCUGCAUCGCCUUCAAUGUGUGACAUUCUCUUUGGAUGAUUAAAAGUGCCUUGCAACUAAAUAGCAAUCUAAUGCUCACAGCUUUUAUGCGGCUUUGUUGAUAGGGCAUAUUGCACUAGAGAAAGCAGCACAAUAACUUCCUUUGGCCUAGGAAAGGGAUGUCUUCACUGAGAUGGGAUGAAGUGAGGAGGCUGUGUUGAGUUUAUAACUGUAGAAAAGAGAAACUCCCACUAUCUAAUGUCUGGUUAUUACAUUAUUAUGCAUCUGUCAUUUCCCCUGGCCCUGUUCCUUUUAGCAGCUGUGCUGUGCCCCUGCAGUUGAUCAGUCUGUUUUGCAGGUUGGAAGUUUUGCUUAAAGAUAAUGAUAUUGCUGUGGCCAACCAGUACAUUUCUGAUUCAAGUGAGAUUUAUACCAGAGCCCUGAAAUUUAGACAAUGGACUCCUGGUUAGUAGCAAAAUGUUGUUAACAGAGUGCCCUGUAGGUUUCUCACUGUAUCAAUAAGGUUUUAUUAUAAUAGGCAAGGUUAAAAUUACAUACAUUUAUUCACAAAUUACAGUAACAGGUAUCAGUGUUCAGUGUAACUAAAUGUUUUGAGCAUGGGAAAAUUAAGUAUUAUGCAUUCAGUUUAUGAAGUACACCUCUGUUUAUCAGGCUGGGUCCAAAGAAUCAUGAUCCAACUUAAGCUCCAUUGAUUUUACAGGAUCUGCUAUAAGUGUUAUUCAAUUUGCAUCUCACCCUUAAUAUUUGAAAGGAUCACACAUUACACUGAUAUGAUAAUUCUUCAAACUAUGUUUUCACUAUUCCAUCUAGGAUGCUCAAAGGGAUAAAAAUCUUAAACUAUUCAACAUUUUACUUUUAGUAGAGAAUGGGAUUAUAUUCCAACAUAAACACCUCAUGGGUUCAUGUCAAAGGGCAGGAUAAUUUUUUUAAAAAAUCAUUUUUUCUUAAAAGCUAGUUUAAAACAAAUGCCUUACUAUAUGAAGCUAAAAAGAUACAGAAAGAAAUGUUUUCUGAUGAGCUAUGACUCACCUAUAUUUCUGCCACAGGUUUUUCCAGUUUUGCUACCUGAGUUCCUUUAAGCUGGAAGUACAAGCAAGGAUCUUUUCAAAGUGGGACCUUCUGAAUCCCAUGCACACAUUUUGCCUUUCAGCAGCGUUCUCUUGUUACUCUAUUAUGCAGCAAUUCAGGCAUGAAAAAUAAUGCCAGCAGGUGGCAUCCUGGCCUUAUAGCUCAGAAGCAAGAUCAGUAAGAAAGAGUUUGCAAUUGAUCUGAAAAAAUAUGUCCCCCCUUUUUUUGGGGGGGGGAUGCAUAUGGAAUCUGAAUUUACUGAAAUGAUUAUUGGAAUGGUUGCUGAUUUCCACCAGUCCAAUAUUUCAGCUUGUGGCACAAUCUGUUUUUUUUAAAAAAACAACAUAAAAUUAAUGCAGAUAUUAAGCCCAUGUGCAGGCAUACAAAUGUUUAUUAGGUGCCUUAUGAAAUCUUGAAGUUUAUAAGGUGAGCCUUAGUGGAUCAAAUCAUUACCCUUUUCAUCAAUUAUGUAGAAUGUCAUCCCAACAGAAAUAUAUGCAAGGAGAAAUUAUGUACUAAUUUGAUCAUUUUGUUAGGGGAUAUUUUUGAGAUGCUGGGGGUAACUUUAAAUUGUUGAUUGUUGAUCCAAAAUCUGUCUGCUCUGAAUGGGAUGGAAACUAUAUUUUCAGCAAGUGAUCCGUAGUAAAAUGAGACACUUUCAGCUUUACAAAAUUAUAACAUGGCUCAUAUUUUUAAAAACUAGCAUGCAAUAGCUGUUAAUCUUUCCAGUGAAUACAAAGCUGAUGCCUAAAUUAAAUGAUGAACUUCAGUUGUACUGUUGAAUGUAUGGCUAUAAAUUUGGGUCUUGGUCCUACUGAUUUAUCUAUUAAGUCACCAAGAGAGAAUUUGGCUGAAAGGCAUGUUGGAAUAUUCCUAGUUUUUUAAACCAAUGCUUCACAAAUUGUAACAGAAAUGAAUUAUUACAUUAUUUCUAUAAGAUUUACCCCAAACUCCCAACAGGAGUCCUUCCUGCCAUGAGUGUAGGUUCUCCUUCAUCAACCUGGAGCCUUUUAAAGUCUAUACUUGAAAUCCAUCUUCUUCUAUGUGGUCAGCAACCUUUACAGCAAUGUUAGUUUGACGAUUAGAGUGGAAAAGUCUUUUUUUGUCAGUUAAUAAUGAACUCUUCAUCUAAUUUGCAAAGCUGGAACUUAGGUGUAGUAUUCUGAACUAGAGUUACAAUGAACACCCCUUCAUUAAAGGAGCUUGUUUUAUCCACACACUGACAUAAUUAAAAGAAA